AGGCCUUCCAUGCAACAUACUUUGAUCAUGCUUACACAUAUUGUUGGAUUCGGCAGUAUGAGCAACAUAGUAGGCUUCCAGUUGAUGGUCUUUUGGUUAUGUCGCACUACUUUGUAGCAAAAAUAUAUAACCUGUGAACAUGUCUUCAAUCAUCUCAGCUUACAACCAAACAUUUCCAGGACAGUACCAGAACCGAAGAGUGUGAUAGCUAUUGAGAUCAUGGCUUCAGAACCAUCGACCGAGAUACAGCAGAAAGUUCACGAUGCCCCUGAGCAGGACUACGAGCGUAGCUCGAAGCCCCAGUCGGAUGCUCAAUCAAGACCUCCAACGCCUACUUCCUUCGAGACGGAGUAUAACUCUGUCACGAUAGGCUCACAGAAGCCGGAGCCUGUGGAGAAUAGACUUCGUCCUGCAGCAGACAUAAUCAACCGUAUUAUCUGGGACCCUGCCUUCGAUGGUACCAAUUACCGGGCAAUCUUUACGAACUUCAUAAACAUCUACGCCGCAAUGACCGCAAGGCGCCACAGGAUUGACUUUUCCCUGCGAAGACGGCGUAACGAUUUGUCGAACACGUCGUCCGGCAGUAUCUCACCACCAGUACCUGUUCUCCAGUCACCUGUCACGUUCCAAGCAUUUGCAUCAGUUAAUGUCUCCGAGGCAACACUCAAGCAGAAGAAUAAACUAGAAAGGGCACCUGUGAGGCCAUCCAUGUUCCUAGAAGAGAAGGAUGAUGACGAGGCCCCGAUUUCUGCUCUGACUGGCGGUGCACCUCUGGAUGUCAAGCCAGCUCAUGUAGAGCGGAAGAGUGUUGAGGAGAAGCCGAUGACUCGAACGAAAAGCCAGUACUUCGAAGACGCCUUUAGCACUAGAGGUCCGUUGACCUCACCCAGAACCCAGAUCAGCCAGGAUUCGGUCGUGGUGGUAGAGAUAAAGGUCAACACCAAGAAAUCCGAAACACUUAUGAUGACCACCAUCCAAGAAGACGCGUGCAUCCAAUUCGGGAGAGUAAAUCUACCAGCCUACCUGAUGAAAGUCUUUGCGCUGCCAUACCUCAUCGCACCGAUAACCAACCUUCGUAGCACCAUUCUGAUCCAGGCAGCACUGCAAGAAAUCCUCCAUGUGGCUCCAAACCGAGGAGUCAUCUUAUAUAUUCCAAUUCCAGAAGAGAACUUCGCGACCAACGGAGUGACAAUGAUGGGUGAAAUUGCUCGUUUGGAGCGUUCUUCCCCAGAUCACGGCUCUGGUCUAUUCAAAACCGUCUCACGAACCAUGAGUCGAAGGCUGAAAUCCACCAGCUCGCAGAGCGCGCCUAUUUCGGUUGCAACUACAUCUUCCUGGGCUUGUGGUGGCACACAGGCGCCAUCGCCGGGCAAAGAGUCACUAGCAAGUGAUGCUACGGACAGCGAUGUCAAGUCGAAGUCAGCACACUCAGGACGUAUGGAGCCAAGAAGCACUACAGGGGGUCUCUUAGAGAUCCAAGGUAGCCUGUUCGAUGCUCCAGAGGGAGCAGCGCUGAUCCAUGCAUGUAACUGCCGUGGCACCUGGGGGAAGGGAAUAGCAAGGGUCUUCCGAAGCAAUUACCCUGCUGCAUAUGAGGUUUAUCGAUCCCACUGCCGACAAUUCUCUUCCAAGCCCAGAUACGAUACUAUCACAACAAGCGAUGGCACACGAAAAGCUCGACUGCCAGAAGGAACUGCUCUCAUUAUUCCACCACAGAAGAGAGAUCAUGAGAAUGACCGCAGGAAACGCCGUUGGAUAAUCUGCCUUUUCACGUCAAGAGGGCUCGGAAGGAUGGUCAGUCCCGAAAAUAUAGUGCUGGAGAAUACAGAGCUUGCCAUUGCAGAUAUGAAGAAACAACUUGAUCACAUUGAAGACCAAGAGGGUAUACUUCUUGAUCUGUGGUCGUGUCGGUUCAACUCUGGGUUGUUUGGCGUGGAGUGGGCUCGCUCAAGGGAGAUAUUAGAGAAGUCGGGACUUGAUGUUACAGUGGUGACGCCGGCUGAUGACUGA